UGGAUCCGUGUGGCGCUGAUGGAGAAGCGUAUGUCCGAGUACAUCUCCACGGCCCUGAGGGACACACGGACCACCAGGUCCCCCAUACCCCCCAGCUAUGACUACCUGAGUGAGGAGGAGGAGCGGGGCAGCGUGGAGAGCAGCACGAGUGAGGAUAGCUCCCCCGAGCACCCCUACCUGCCCCUGGUCACUGACGAGGACAGCUGGUACAACAAGUGGCGCAAGAUGGAGCAGAAAUUUCGCAUUGUUUAUGCCCAAAAGGGGUACCUGGAGGAGCUGGUGCGGCUGCGAGAGUCACAGCUGAAGGACCUGGAGGCGGAGAACAAGCGGCUGAAGCUGCGCCUGGAGGAGGUGAUGGUGCAGAACCAGCUGGAGAAGAGGGAGCUGGAGGGCGUCAUCCUGGAGCUGCAGGAGCAGCUGACGGGGCUGAUCCCCUGCGAGAACCCGCAGCUGGCCCAGCUCUCCAAGGAGAUGGUGACGCCUCUGGUGAACCAGUGGCCCUCGCUGGGGACCCUCAACGGCAACGAGAGCGGCUCAGACAGCAAGCUCUACAGGAGGUAA